AUGCGUGUGGCGAUCAUUGGCGGCGGCUUCUGUGGCUGCGUUUCCGCGUACCAGGUCGCUCGUGCACUGAAAACCCUGAGAGACAACGGCGAGUGUGAUCCGAACCAAGCGCCGGCUGAUCAUGAAGUUGUCCUCUUCGAGCAGCACGAUCGUCUGGGUGGCUCUGUUCGAAGUGUCUCCGUACAGGGGGUCAACGUAGAAGUCGGGCUCUGGGACUCGUUCACAGCAGAUGACUUGCGUGUCUUGGAGUUAAUCAAGCGGUGCGGGAUGCGCGUUCAGCCCCGACGCGCAGCGAGUCCAGCACACGGUGGUCUAUACGCCACAGCAGUGCUGGACUGGCCUACGAAAACAGACACUGGCACGUUGGUUCGUCUGAGCGCGUUUGGCGGUCUGCCGUGGCUAAACGCGCUUACCAGCGGUCUCGAGGACACCGGCCUUGCCCAGUUGUUGCCUUUUGUGCUGGCAAUGCUGGCGCUGCGGAUGGCGCUGCGCUACACGCGCUGGCUCUUGCGCCUGGGCUGGGCACUGAUUGGAAUCAGCCUGAUGUGGAUGUCGCUGAGCCAGAUGCCGUACAUCACGUACGGGCACAAGUUUCUGAUGCGUACCUGGCAGCGUCUGCAGCAUCGGCGACGGUUUGGUCGAUCUGCUCAGCUUGCGACCCAGCUGGGUGCCGGAUUCGCGGACCAAUGGCGACGAAUCUAUCGACAAGGCGUAGCGUACUGCUGGUCGGUUGCACAGUUUCUCCAAGCGGCUGAUAUGUGGUCGUGGGCAGUGACCAACGUCGCUCAGCUCUGCCGCGAUGCCCACAUCCGACUCGCGUUCGCCGAGGAGAUUCUGGAGCCGGUCGCAUUGCGCGAGGUGUUCGGUACCGCAUCUCCUGGACAAGUGCACGACCGCGACGCAUGCCUGCUGUUGCAAGUGAAUGGCUUCGCUGGGCUGCGGGCCAUGGCGAGCCUCAAUCUCUGCGACGCAGACGAGUAUGGUGCCCUCGAGGGCCUCGAAUGCCUCUGUCAGCGACUCGUGGAGAAGAGCGGGGCACGCGUCAUGCACCACGCCAGGGUAAUCCGUAUCCACGCGGUGCCUGCUGAUGCGGCGGCAUCCGAGUUGCCGCGUUGGCGCCUCGAGUUCCCGGCUGACGCAACGCCCUCGUGCGACGUCUGCUUCGACGCGGUGGUGCUGGCCUGCUCCGAGCCGCCGCCAGUCGACAGCGUCGACCUCGCACCUAUCGAAAAGCCGCCACUUGGCGACGCAACGAUGCCCGCCGAGGCUGCCACAGUCGCCUCCGAUGCCGGCACUGGGCACUCGAACGCAGCGCAGGCGCCAGUGGUUUCCAGCGCUGCGGCGUUUGCGCGCGUCCCUGGAACAUCGGCCGCCUCUGGGGUACGCGCAGUUGCCCUUGUGGUUGGACGACUCGCGAAUUCAGUGCUGAGGCAGUGCGGCUAUCACACCGAAGCUCAGUUCCCUGAUCUAGUUACGUUUAAGACGCCGCUCUGCGUCGAUCCACAGAGCGUCGAUACGCCUAGUGAGGACGCACCAGCGCAUACCGCACAGCGUGGUCCAAGGCUACGCCCGGCAUCCGCAUCCGAGUUUGGUCUCGUUCGUUUGGAACGACUCGCACGAUUCGAUACGUCUGCAUCGCCGGGAUCGUCGAAACGCGACAUCCAGCGCUAUCUGUAUCGGUUGUUGUUCCUUGCACCAGAAGAAGAAGAAGUAGAAGAAGUGCUCGCGGAUCGUAUCACGAAUGGAUUCGUGCGCCCGCUGUUCGCUGAAUCGACAUGCGGUGACGCCUCCAGCGCCGCACACGAGUGCACCUUUACAUGUUAUGGAGUCUAUUUUAGCCGCUUGCAUGCGUUCCGCUGCUAUCCAGUACGUCGAAGCGCUGAUGCCAACAAAGCGCUCGCUACUGUGCUCGGUGCACGCCUGCUCUAUCCGGCAAUGAUCAAGCGACUGGCGCCAGGGCUCGAGAUGAUGGCACUCGGGGCGCGUAUGACGUGCACCUUACUCGAAGACCACAUCCGAUGGAUUCUCCCGUCACCCACGGACAUGCCACGAUACGAGCGUAUCAUGCAGUCACCCUUUAAUCGCAUUGGCUGGGUUGAGUAA